CCAUUUUGACAUACGGUACUUUUCGAGAGUGUUGGUUUUAUGUUUUAUCGUUUCUCGUGAAAAUAAUCUUUUUUACUGAAACGUAAGUAACGUAAGUGGCUUAUACGGACAACGUGACAUUACGGGAAACUCUCAAUAAUCAGACAACGUUUAUAAAUAAUGGAAGUUUGAGCGGGGAACCUUUGACGAUUUGCUGGGGAGUAGGUCGAAGGUGACAGACAACCGGGUGUACGCAGUGGCUUCGCAAACCGCACAAUAUCUUCCGCCUUGCUCGCAAUACUUGAGUAUUGGCGUUUUAGGUAGCCGAUCACGUUUUAAAAGUGCAUAGAUCACCAGCAAAACGCUCUAGAGUGAUCCUGAACGGUAUUUACAUAAUCAGCAGUAACCAUGGGGAAUAUGUUUGCAACCUUAUUCAAAGGCCUAUUUGGCAAAAAGGAAAUGAGGAUUUUGAUGGUGGGUCUCGAUGCAGCUGGUAAAACCACAAUUCUGUACAAAUUAAAAUUAGGGGAAAUUGUCACUACAAUUCCCACUAUAGGUUUCAAUGUAGAAACAGUUGAAUACAAGAAUAUAAGUUUUACUGUAUGGGAUGUGGGUGGCCAAGACAAAAUCAGACCUCUGUGGCGACAUUACUUUCAAAAUACACAAGGACUGAUAUUUGUCGUUGACAGUAAUGACAGGGAACGUAUUGGCGAGGCACGCGAAGAACUAAUGAGGAUGUUAGCAGAAGAUGAACUUAGAGAUGCUGUACUUCUUAUAUUUGCUAACAAACAAGUAAGAUCUCCCAAUGCAAUGAAUGCAGCGGAGAUUACCGAUAAGUUGGGCCUGCACUCUUUACGCAAUCGUAAUUGGUACAUUCAAGCAACGUGCGCCACAAGUGGAGACGGACUUUACGAGGGCCUCGAUUGGCUCUCCAAUCAGCUCAAAAGUGCCAAUCGCUAAUUGGAACGUUAUCCUGUCAACAUUCAGUUGCUAUAUUAACAUCAUAAAAAAAUCAGCUACACACCUGUCCCCCCAUGAAUGAGUAAUAAUAUAAAAAGAGGUAACACUAAGUGCAAACUGCGAGUUCUUUUGGAUCUUCAGUGGAGGGUGGAGAGAUUAUCGAAAGUUGUCGUUGUGCCAGGAAGUUAUUGGGGGGAGGGGAGUGGAGAAACGGCCGCAAACACAUUCGAACGGCCACACAGGACUAUUGCCUUGUGCAACUUAUUAUUAUAAUAUUAUUAUAUUAGCAUUAUAGUUACACUUUUUACACAGAGAUACCACAAGAAAGGUGGAAAACUUGGAAGUAAUUGUAUUAAAGUACCUAACUCUGAAACAUACAAUAUAUAUUGAUUAAUUAAUAAUUUGAAUAUCUUUGAAAACAAAAAAACAAAAAAAUUUAAGAACAAAAAAGUGAAGUACCCAUGGUGUUAUCAGUUUGAAUGCGUUGGACAUACUGAUUAUCAUAAUGUAGCUGCAUAUUGUACAUUACAUUAUAUAAAUACGAUGAUAAAAAUGUGAUCAAUAGAUGAGAGAAUGUUGCUCUGUCCACUACAUUACAAAUGUAGCAUCGGCCCAUCAGUUGACAUGAACAAAAGAAAAGGCAGUGAGUGGUAACUGACGGUGCAAUUGACUUACUGUUUCUAGUUGCAAAAGUUUGUUUCUAUUUUUUUAAGUUUUCAGUGGUAUACGUCGAGAAAAAAAAAAGUAAAAACAAAACUAUACAAAAUGGUUGCCUCACUGCUUGGCUAUCGGCAGGUGCAACAACUACACCCUCCUUCACCUGCUCGCGAAUGAAACUAACAGUCAGUCAACCGUGUAUAUAUCUCAGUGUAAAAGAGAUAUCAUUUAUUUAUUGCACCUUGAUAAGGUAAAAUUAGAAUAUUGUCAACAUUCCGAAAUUAUGCAUCGAUCGUGGCGGGAAAUGCAGAUAAAAAAAAAAAGAACAAAAGAUGGAAAAAUAACGUGGAAUAAAACAAAAUAUUAGGAAAGAACCUCUCGCAGUAAAGAGAGAUAGGCCUCGCAAUUUCUAAGCCAGCAAUCCAAACUGGCAUGGCAAUCUGCCAGAUAAAACCAUUUUUGCAAGCCCUUAAAUCUCCUAAUGUUUUUCCUGUCCUUAAACGAAAAGAAAAAAAAAAUACAUUGUUUUUACGAAUAAUCUUUCCCUAAUUGAUCAAAUCGCCUUUCCGUCAUAUGCGAAGAUUCGUAUAAUUAUAUAUGAAUGUUUAAACAAUUUGUGAAAUAUACUGUAAUUGUGCUUUA